AUGGGAAUUCGUACUGCUUACCAUCAUUGGGAUGACAAACCGUUAGAUGAAUUAACUGUUCACAGCUUGAGCUCUGGACAACUGCAAGCAGCUGAAAGUCCACAAAUUCUCAGUAACUUCUCUACAAAAUCACCAAUUAUUGUUAACGAAGGUGCUAAUGUAACUUUAAUUUGUCAUGCAAAAGGACGCCCUCAUCCGUACAUAACUUGGUAUCGACGAGGAAACAAAUAUGCACUAUCGAAUGGCACUCAAUUUUUAGUAUUACACAAUGUUUCGCGCGCGCAAAGUGGUCAUUAUGAAUGUGUUGCUCAUAAUGGGGUUAACGGUCAUUCAGUUAGUAAAGAUAUUGAAUUAAGAGUUAUUUGUGAGUACCAACAAUUUUUAUUGUCUUAUUCGAACCAUAGAAUGUAUGGUGGAUAG